AUGGAGAUCGGCAUAGCAGUUGGUGGUGCAUUUCUCUCUUCAGCUUUGAAUGUUCUCUUUGAUAGGCUUGCUCCUAACGGUGAUCUGCUCAACAUGUUUAAGAUGGACAAGCGUGAUGUUCGGCUCUUAAAGAAGCUGAGGAUGACUUUGCUUGGCCUUCAGGCUGUGUUAAGUGAUGCGGAGAAUAAGCAAGCAUCAAAUCAAUACGUGAGCCAGUGGCUUAAUGAGCUUAAAGAUGCUGUGGACGGCGCUGAAAACUUAAUUGAAGAAGUCAAUUAUGAGGUUUUGAGACUAAAGGUGGAAGGUCAGCAUCAGUAUCUUGGAGUAACAAGCAAUCGACAGGUAAAUGACUGCAACCUAUGCUUUAGUGAUGAUUUUUUUCUUAACAUAAAGGAGAAGUUGGAAGACACCAUUGAAACAUUGGAGGAGUUGGAAAAGCAAAUUGGUCGCCUUGAUCUAACAAAGUAUCUUGAUUCCGGUAAACAAGAAAAAAGGGAAUCUUCAACUUCUUUGGUUGAUGAAUCUGAUAUCUUAGGCAGGCAGAAUGAAAUAGAGGAAUUGAUUGACCGUUUGUUGUCUGAGAAUGGAAAUGGAAAAAAUCUUACUGUAGUUCCUAUUGUUGGAAUGGGGGGUGUGGGCAAGACAACACUUGCUAAAGCUGUUUACAAUGAUGAGAGUGUGAAAAAACAUUUUGAUUUGAAAGCUUGGAUUUGUGUGUCUGAACCAUAUGAUAUUCUCAGAAUAACAAAAGAGUUACUUCAAGAAAUUGGUUUAACGGUUGAUAACAAUCUGAAUCAACUUCAAGUCAAAUUGAAGGAAAGCUUAAAGGGAAAAAAGUUUCUUAUUGUCCUAGAUGAUGUGUGGAAUGAUGACUAUAAAGAGUGGGAUGACUUGAGAAAUAUUUUUGUACAAGGAGAUGUAGGAAGUAAGAUUAUUGUGACGACACGUAAGGAGAGUGUUGCCUUGAUGAUGGGUAGUGGGGCAAUCAAUGUGGGGACUCUGUCUAGUGAAGUCUCAUGGGCUCUAUUCAAACAGCAUUCAUUAGAAAAUAGGGAUCCUGAGGAACAUCCAGAACUUGAAGAGGUUGGAAAACAAAUUUCACAUAAAUGCAAAGGAUUGCCAUUAGCUCUAAAGGCACUUGCUGGCAUUUUACGCUCCAAAUUCGAGGUGAAUGAGUGGACAGACAUUUUAAGAAGUGAGAUAUGGGAGCUGCCACAUCAUCCGAAUGGAAUCUUACCAGCGUUGAUGUUGAGCUACAAUGAUCUUCCUCCACAUUUGAAGCGGUGUUUUGCUUUUUGUGCAAUAUAUCCGAAAGACUAUCUAUUUUGCAAAGAACAAGUUAUUCACCUCUGGAUUGCUAAUGGUCUUGUACAGCAGUUGCAUUCAGCUAACCAAUAUUUUCUCGAGUUGAGAUCGAGAUCAUUGUUUGAAAGGGUCCGAAAGUCUUCUGAAUGGACUUCGAGGGAAUUCUUAAUGCAUGACCUUGUCAAUGAUUUGGCCCAAAUUGCAUCUUCCAAUCAGUGUAUCAGGUUGGAAGACAUCGAAGCAUCUCAUAUGUUGGAACGAACUCGACACUUGUCAUAUUCAAUGGAUAAUGGUGAUUUUGGUAAACUGAAAAUCCUCAACAAAUUGGAGCAAUUGAGGACAUUGCUUCCCAUCAAUAUCCAGCGGCGUCCAUGCCAUCUAAGCAACAGGGUGCUGCAUGACAUAUUGCCAAGACUAACAUCUUUGAGGGCAUUAUCAUUGUCUCAUUAUACGAUUAAGGAGUUGCCAAAUGAUUUGUUUAUCAAGUUAAAGCACCUAAGAUUUUUGGACCUUUCUUGGACAAAUAUAAAAAAGUUGCCAGAUUCAAUUUGUGUACUGUACAACUUAGAGACACUUCUGUUGUCACAUUGUAGUUCUCUUAAGGAGCUACCUCUACAUAUGGAAAAACUGAUCAAUUUGCGUCACCUUGACAUUAGCGAAGCUCAUUUGAGGACACCCCUACAUCUAAGCAAGUUGAAAAAUCUCCAUGCGCUAGUGGGAGCCAAGUUUCUUCUAAGUGGUCACGGUGGUUCGAGAAUGGAAGAUUUGUAUGGAUCUCUAUCAAUUCUAGAGUUGCAAAAUGUGGUCGAUAGAAGGGAAUCUCUGAAGGCAAACAUGAGGGAAAAGAAACAUGUUGAAAGGUUAUCUUUGGAGUGGAGUGGAAGUAAUGCUGACAAUUCACAAACUGAAAGAGAGAUACUUGAUGAGCUACAACCAAAUACAAACAUAAAAGAAGUCCGAAUCACUUGCUAUAGAGGGACAAAAUUUCCAAAUUGGCUAGCUGAUCAUUCAUUUCAUAAACUAAUAGAAGUGUCUCUUAUCUACUGCAAGAACUGUGAUUCCUUGCCAGCACUAGGACAGCUUCCUUGUUUAAAAUUCCUUACCAUUAGAGGGAUGCAUCAAAUAACAGAGGUGAGUGAAGAGUUCUAUGGUAGUUUGUCCUGCACAAAGCCAUUUAACUCCCUUGAGAAGCUUGAAUUCAUAGAGAUGCCGGAGUGGAAGCAGUGGCAUGUACUGGGGAAGGGAGAGUUCCCUGUACUUGAGGAACUUUGGAUUAAUGGUUGCCCCAAGUUGAUCGGGAAGUUGCCUGAAAAUCUUUCUUCUCUGACAAGAUUGAGAAUUUCAGAAUGCCCUGAACUCAGUUUGGAGACACCUUAUCAUCUUUCUGGCCUUAAGAACCUUUUAAUAAAAGAAUGUCCCGAGUUGUUCCAACUUUUUGAUCACGCUGAGCUGUUUGCAUCCCAACUUCAAGGAAUGAUGCAGCUAGAGUCAUUAAUUAUUGAAAGUUGUCGCUCUCUUACCUCCUUACCUAAUAGCAGUCUGUCGAAAACGUUGAAGAAAAUAGAGAUACAUGAUUGUGAGAAAUUGAAAUUGGAGCCGUCAGCUAGUGAGAUGUUUCUCGAGAGACUGGUACUAACUGAAUGUAAUUCUAUAAAUGAUAUAUCACCUGAGCUGGUCCCAAGAGCACACUAUUUGAGUGUAAAUAGUUGCCACAGCCUUACUAGGCUUUUGAUUUCUACUGGGACUGAAGAUCUAGAUAUUUCUGGAUGUGAAAAUCUUGAAAUACUUUUGGUGGCAUCCAGGACUCCAACGUUGUUGCGAACUAUGAAAAUUCACAGCUGCAAGAAGCUGAAGUCGCUGCCAGAACAUAUGCAGGAACUUCUUCCAUCUCUUAAUCAUCUCCUCCUGUAUUAUUGUCCAGAAAUAAAGUCCUUCCCUGAAGGAGGGUUGCCCUUCAGUCUAGAAGUCCUUGAGAUCUGGUAUUGCAAGAAACUGGAGAAUGAUCGAAAGGAGUGGCAUUUACAGAGACUCCCUUGCCUCAGAGAACUUAAAAUCUUCCAUGGUUCUACUGACGAAGAGAUUCACUGGGAGUUGCCUUGCUCAAUUCAAAGACUUGAGGUAUACAAUAUGAAAACAUUAAGCAGCCAACUUCUCAAAAGCCUCACCUCUCUUCAAUCUCUAUCCACUCUUCGUUUACCUCAAAUUCAGUCAAUGAUCAAAGAAGGGCUUCCCUCGUCUCUUUCUUCACUAACAUUAUCAGAUCAUCGUGAGCUCCAUUCACUGUCAACUGAAGGUCUUCGGGGCCUCACUUCUCUUAGGCAUCUACAGAUUAGCUCCUGCAGUCAACUCCAAUCUCUUCCGGAAUCAGCGCUUCCCUCCUCCCUCUCCUGGCUGACCAUCCAUUCUUGUCCUAAACUUCAACAUCUUCCAGUAAAAGGGAUGCCCUCUGCCCUCUCUAAACUAUCUAUUUCACACUGCCCAUUGCUCAAUCCACGUCUAGAAUUUAUGAAGGGGGAAUACUGGCCAAAUAUUGCUCAUAUUUCCACUAUACAGAUCAAUGGGGAAUACCUGUGA